AUGGCUCCACCUGCGACUCGCACUGCACUUCUUGGCUACCUUGCCGCGAUCUCCCUACUUCUUCACUGCCUGCUCCCUUCUCUUGCCGGCGCCGACUUCGUCUACAACGGCUUCGAGCACGCCGCCAACCUGAGCCUGGACGGUUCAGCGUCGGUCCUGCGCGGCGGCGCGCUCCGGCUCACCCACGACAGCAACAGCCUCAUGGGCCACGCCUUCUUCGACUCGCCUGUGCAGGUUGUCAGGGGCAACUCCGUCAUCUCGUUCAGCACGGCCUUCGUCUUCGACAUCGUGACCGUCGACCACGGCGGCGGCCACGGGCUGGCCUUCGUGGUCGCGGCCUCCAAGGCGCUCCCCGGGGCAAGCUACGGCAUCUACCUUGGCCUCCUCGGGGAGAACACCAACGGCAACUCCAGCAACCACGUCUUCGCGGUCGAGUUCGACACGAUGCAGGUCCGGCGGCUGAACGAGACGGACAGCAACCACGUCGGCGUCGACCUGAACAGCGUCGUGUCGAACGUGUCGGAGCCGGCCGGGUACUUCGACGACGACGACGACGGCAGGAACAUCUCCGUGAAGCUCGAGAGUGCACAACCAAUUCAGGCAUGGGUGGACUACGACGGCCGAACAAAGGUUCUCAACGUGACCAUCGCUCCGGUAUCCGUGCCAAGCCGCCCUCACAGGCCGCUGAUAUCGCGCGCCAUCGACCUCCUGCCGGUCUUCAAGCGAGAGAUGUACGUCGGCUUCUCGUCGUCGACCGGAGAAAAGUUGGCAAGCUCGCAUUACAUCCUCGCAUGGAGUUUCAGUACCGAGGGAGCUGCGAAAGCCAUCGAUCUCUCCCGGCUCCCUAAAGUUCCGAAGCAGGCGGCUCCCCCACCUUCCUUAUCCACCGUCAUCGAGAUAACCGCUUCGUCUUGCGUGGCCACGCUCGUCGUGAUCGCCGCGGCGAUCGUUUUGGCACUCUGGAUUCGGCGGAGGGCGGCCCUCACCGAGAUGCUCGAGGACUGGGAGCUGGACCACCCGCAGAGGCUGCCGUACAAAGAGCUCUACGCUGCGACCAACGGAUUCGAGGCCAGCAAGCUCCUCGGCGCUGGCGGCUUCGGCCAGGUGUACAAAGGCGUGCUCCGGUGCUCCGGCGACGAGGUCGCCAUCAAGCGGAUCUCGAGCAGCGGGACGCAGGGGAUGCGCGAGUUCGUGGCCGAGGUCGCGAGCCUCGGGCGCAUGCGGCACCGGAACCUGGUCGAGCUGCGCGGGUGGUGCAGGCAGGACCUGCUCCUGGUCUACGAGUUCAUGCCCAAUGGCAGCCUCGACGAGCACCUGUUCGGCCGCGCAGGCGCCGUCAUGCCCCCAAAGCCCCUGCUAACGUGGGGGCAGCGCGUCGGGAUCCUCAGGGGCGUCGCGUCCGGGCUGGUGUACCUGCACGAGGAGUGGGAGCAGGUGGUGGUGCACCGGGACGUCAAGGCCAGCAACGUCCUGCUCGGCGCCGACAUGGCCCCGCGGCUGGGGGACUUUGGCCUCGCGCGCCUCUACGAGCACGGCGCUGACCCCGCCACGACGCGCAUCGUCGGGACGCUGGGCUACAUGGCGCCGGAGCUCACCGUGACGGCCAGGGCCAGCAGGGCCACCGACUUGUUCGCCUUCGGCGUGCUGCUCCUCGAGGUGGCGUGCGGGUGCCGGCCCAUCGACCCCGUCACCGGCGAGAGCCUGCUGCGGAGGGUGCGAGGCCACCACGUCAGCGGCGACCUGGUGCGCGCCGUGGACGAGAGGCUCGACGGGUGCUACGACAAGAAGGAGGCGAGGCUGGUGCUGUGGCUGGGCCUCAUGUGCAGCCAGUCGCGCCCGGAGGCGCGGCCGAGCAUGCGGCAGGCCUGCCAGUACCUGGACGGCGAGCUGGAGAUGCGGGAGGAGGCCGUUCUCGUGUUCUCGGACGUGGAUUCCCUCGACGUCGGGUCGUCGGCGUUCCUGACGUGGUCGUCGUGCAAUACAAUGUCAGGGGGCUCGCUGCUGGCUGGCCGGUGAUCAUCUGAUCAUGGUUGAGUGUUAACGCACACUAGAUUCCGCUGCUUCCUCCAACAUGAGCGUCUACACAUUUGUUUCUGUGGAUCGCACCCUAAUCACCGAAUCAUAACCUUAGCUUUAUGUCUGCAAGUUGAUAUGAAGAGUAGUGUUGUUCAAUCUGAACGGGCAACUUGUAACACGUACCAUCUGCAUCGUGGUAAUGUGAUAACGGGCGAAUGGAACCUGAACACCCCAUUCUGUGAGAAGAACCCAACUGCCACAACUUGGUUGCCGUGGUUCAAAGUUCAUACAAUGCAGAGAUUAUCUCAAUUAAUUAUCUAAAAUACAAUGGUAAAAAAUUUAGGAACUCUUAAAAAAAACUUAGUCGAAAAAAGCAUCGGGAGUGCAGAGCAGCAGCACUUCCUGGAAAACAAGACGUGCGCACCCUGCAGCCUGCAGUAACGCAAGCACACGUACACAGGCUUUUCCGAAAUCCCAACCCCGAGCUCAGUUGACUCGGAUUUAUUCGUCGAACGUCGACGAAGUGUGGAAUCGCCGCGCGCGCCGCGGCCCUUCGUUCUCCCUCUGCGGCGCCGCCGCCGACGCUCUACGCCUCCUCCGGUACGCCGUCC